AUGGCUUCAAACGAGACGGUUCCCCUGAUUUUUCCAAUAGUCUACACAACCGCUCUAACUAUCGGCUCCGUCUCGGUGACCUUUUUUCUGCUGAUCCUGAUAUAUGGCCGGAAAACGUUCAACGAAGCGCCAUUCUAUCAAAUUAUCUACUGCCUGGUGGUCGUGGACCUGCUCCACUUGUUGCAGCACUGGAUACAGAUAUUCCCCCAGCAGAUAUUUGGCUGGGGCGGUUUCCCGUUUUCCGAGUGGCUGCAGGAUUCCGUGAUUGUCUUCAACCACUCGCUGAACUCACUCGUUUUCCUGUCUAUGAACCACACCGUGAAAACGGUCCUGAAAUCGAUGCCCUGCUUCCGGAAGGCAAAGAGAAACCGCUCGGGCUCGCAGCCGCUCUCCCUAUCAAUGAGGUUC